GGGUCGCGGGCGGAUACGCGGCUCGAGAGGACACGCGGCUUUUUGUGCGCUCCCGGUUUCCCUGCUCCCUUGGCCUCCGGUCUUCAGCUCCGCCAUGGCUCCCAAAGGCGGCUCCAAGCAGCAGUCCGAGGAGGACCUGCUCCUUCAGGAUUUCAGCCGCAACCUGUCGGCCAAGUCGUCGGCGCUGUUCUUCGGGAACGCGUUCAUCGUGUCUGCCAUCCCCAUCUGGUUGUAUUGGAGAAUAUGGCAUAUGGACCUUAUCCAGUCAGCUCUUCUCUACAGUGUGAUGACGUUAGUGAGCACUUAUUUGGUAGCUUUUGCAUACAAGAAUGUAAAAUUUGUCCUCAAACACAAAGUAGCACAGAAGAGGGAGGAUGCUGUGUCCAAAGAAGUGACUCGGAAACUUUCUGAAGCGGAUAAUAGAAAGAUGUCUCGGAAGGAGAAAGAUGAAAGAAUCUUGUGGAAGAAGAAUGAAGUUGCUGAUUAUGAAGCCACAACAUUUUCCAUCUUCUAUAACAACACUCUGUUCCUGGUUUUGGUCAUUGUUGCUUCCUUCUUUAUCCUGAAGAACUUCAACCCCACAGUGAACUACAUUUUGUCCAUAAGUGCUUCAUCUGGACUCAUCGCCCUCCUGUCUACUGGCUCCAAGUAGACCGUGGAGCUUGGCCCCCUGCCUUUGUAUCUAGGGGUGGCCUAUGGUCUAUGGAAAAAUAUCAGGGUGGCCAGGUUAGGAGACACAUAAGAUGUUUUUAUAGUCUGAAGUUGGAGGUUUAAAAAUGCGGUAGAGUGUAAUUCAUGGUUUGUUUAUUGGCUCUCUUUGACAGAUUGUUGAAAUUAAAUAAAUUGAAAGGGAAACUCAGAGUACCAGGACAUUCAUUAAAAGGCAAGGAAGUCUUGCAGUGUGCUCUAAUCACAAGAGGAGAAAAGAACUUGUUUCCUACAUUUGUCAGAGGUCAUGGUAACCUGGCCUGAGCUGUUAUUAUUUAUAAUAGGAGGAAGACGUUAAUAACUGGUUCUCUGUGUUCCAAGCACAAUAUUACAACUUUGUGAACUGUAAAUGUUAGAGUGAAUCCUCUUCCCAAGGAUUAAACAGAAGCCUCUUUUUUUUUUUUAACAAAACUCCAAAUUUGUA